AUGGUUAACCCGUUCAUGGACAUCAUGCCUGGUCUCGUAUCAUUGAUUGACCAGAAGCCUACCUGCACCGAGAUGGCUACCUAUAUCGAUCAGAAUCCUCCAGCUGAUUAUAAACCUAAUACUCUAUGGCUUGACCAAUUCUUCAACGACCGAAGAUUUUUUAUGGAUCGCUUGCUAAAAUACGCGCCAAAAGAUUGGCUCAAGAGCUUCACUGAGGAGUAG